UUAAUGUCACCCACCACCCCAUACGUGCAGUCCGGGGAGCCUCUCAAUGAUUUCCUCCGUUCAUUUUGGCAGCGGCAAGUGGAUGCAGCAGAGCAAGAAACACCAGAUUACAGACAUCCUCCACUCCCUCUCGCUCGCAUUAAGAAAGUCAUGAAGAGCGAUCCAGACGUGAAGAUGAUCGCAGCAGACGCACCCAUCUUAUUUUGCAAAGCGUGUGAAAUUUUUAUCUCUGAAAUAACUGCUCGCGCAUUUAUCAUAGCCGACUCAAAUAAACGUCGAACACUGUCCCGUGCCGAUAUUGCGAAGGCCCUUGCGAAGUCAGACCAAUUCGACUUCCUUAUAGAUAUUGUUCCGAGAGAGGAGGGACUUACGGGAUUGACUCAGAGUGGUACAGGGACUGGUGCUGUUGCGGGAGGAUCUGGGCCGAGUAUGACGAACUUAGUCGCAGGUCCAAGUCAAGCUGCUCCUCAUCAUGAUUCUGAACACAAUGCAGGCGAUGAAUCCGGCAAUUUACCUUCGGCAGUGGUACUGGAUCAGCUGCAGUCUCUAUUAGCGCCAUCGAAUGCAAUGCACGCACCGUGACCUACUGAAGCAUCCACAGAUGUAUACUAGUAGUUCACAUCGUGGGGUUGCGCCUGGUUGCGCAGGAAGGUCUCCAUUUUAACAGGUUCUGCAUCACAGCACAUUGCGGUAGGGCGCUCAGCAUCUGCUGUCAUACCUACACCGAUUAGAUUUGCUACACUGCACUCUUCCCCUAGUGAGCAGGGGCCCCUCAGAAACCUAGUCAGCAAUGGAAGCUAAGGUCAUUCCUGUGGCAUACUUGAUUCCAUACAAUGAUACAUGCUGUCAUUGGUCAA